UAAAAAUAAUUUUUUUUUAUGUAUAUAUGUGUAAUCAAGUAAAUUAAACCCGUGCUCCAUAUCACCACUACAGUGAUUAUUUAUCAAUCAAACUCUCAACCGGGUUCAGAUCCUCCGAUUCCAAUCCAGAACCAUUUGCAAAAUUCCCGGGAAAUCAUGAGCCCAUUAAAUUUCCUUCCCCGCCUCUUUUCUCCAGUCUGCAUGUAUAUUUUCUUACCUUCUCUAAUCAAUGCUUAAAACGCUCGAUUUCAAAGCUUGAUAGCGACUUCUCUUUCAAAACCUUCUCUCUCACUAUUUAGAUCCUUAAAGUAGUAACAAGAAUGUUGAUUUUUUACUUUAUGGUUUUUGGAGGCCUAGCUGCAAUGGUAGCAGCAUUGGAAUUUAGCAAAAGCAGAGAUCGAAUCAAUACAUCAUCUACUUUCAGUUCUUUUAAGAAUAAUUACCUUAUUGUUUAUUCACUCAUGAUGGCUGGGGGUUGGCUGCAAGGUCCUUAUGUGUAUUACCUAUACAGUCAGUAUGGUUUUAGAAAGGGAGAAAUCGGGCAGCUUUUUAUUGCUGGUUUUGGAUCUUCAAUGUUGUUUGGGACAAUUGUUGGAUCGUUAGCUGAACUCAGGGGUCGAAAGAGAGCAUGUAUUACUUACUGCAUAACUUACAUACUGAGUUGUGCCACCAAGCAUUCUCCUGACUACAAAAUCUUAGUGGUGGGACGUGUAUUGGGAGGCAUUGCUACUUCUUUGCUUUUUUCAGCCUUUGAGUCUUGGCUUGGUGCGGAACACUUCAAGAGGAGUUUUGAUCAACAAUGGCUAUCAGUGACAUUGUCUCAGGCAAUAUUCCUUGGCAAUGGUUUAGUUGCCAUUGUUUCUGGAUCGUUCAGGAAUGUACUUGUAGGUGCCUUGGCGUUGGGUCCUGUUGCUCCAUUUGAUGCUGCUGCAUGCUUUCUUGCCAUUGGCAUGGCCAUUAUAAUGUCAUCAUGGACUGAGAAUUAUGGAGACGCUUAUGAAAACAAGGACUUGCUCACCCAGUGCAAGGGUGCUGCUGUUGCCAUUGCUUCUGAUGAGAAAAUUGCAUUGCUGGGUGCCAUACAGUCACUAUUUGAGGGUUCAAUGCACACCUUUGUGUUCCUGUGGACUCCUGCUCUGAGCCCAAAUGGUGAAGAUAUUCCUCAUGGUUUCAUCUUUGCAACUUUCAUGAUGGCAUCUAUCUUAGGAAGUUCCAUUGCCUCUCGACUGAUGGCUCGCUCAUCUCUUAAAGUUGAAAGCUACAUGCAGAUUGUAUUUGUAAUAUCUGCUGCUGCCCUUUUCCUUCCUGUCAUAACAAGCUUCUUGUUAUUGCCUUCAGAGAAAGGUGGAGGCAUCUCUUUUUCUGGUUGUAUCCAGCUUAUUGGCUUCUGCAUUGAGGCCUGUGUAGGUAUUUUCUGGCCAUCUAUCAUGAAGAUGAGGUCCCAAUAUAUUCCUGAGGAGGCUAGAAGCACCAUCAUGAAUUUGUUCCGCAUUCCUCUCAACAUAUUUGUAUGCAUUGUGCUGUACAAUGUCAAUGUGUUCCCCAUCAUCGUCAUGUUUGGCAUGUGCUCCAUUUUCCUCUUUGUAGCAUCUCUUUCGCAGAAGCGGCUCAAGGUCAUUGCAGAGAGCCAAAAAUCAAGAUCACAAGAGUGGACAGCAAUGAAGGAGAUGGACACUGAGGCAGAGCCCUUAAAUAUCUGAUUGAAUUUAGAGGAACAAACCUCUGGAAUUUUUUAAAUUUUGUGAGCAGCCACCUUUUCUCCCUUAUAUGCAAUGGUGGAGCAGCAAGGCUGUUUUCAAUCUAAUCAAUAAAGGAGGAUCAUUAAUUAUGUCCUACAUGCAGUUGACAGUAAAGGUUUUCUGGGGUUGAGAACGCAGUUGACAGUGAAGUGAAAGAAACGUUUCUAGGCACAUAGGGUGAGAAACUUACUGCCUUGAGUUCUUUGUUAUCUACUAUUAUUGUGAACUGGUGUUCAACCACUGCUGCUAUAUCUUCUUUUUAGAUAUAAAUGCUGGAAAAUUUUUGGAGUUCCAA